UUUAACUCAGGCCAAACCUGGUCUUUAACCGUUGCAGCCGGCAUAGUAGGAGCCCGUAUAUGGCCCCGAACCGGUUGCAACUUUGAUGGCUCAGGGCAUCGCAGGUGUCAGACGGGUGAUUGCAACGGACUCCUCCAAUGCCAAGGCUAUGGUACACCACCCAACACAUUAGCUGAGUACGCUCUGAAUCAGUUCAACAAUCUUGAUUUCUUUGACAUUUCUCUUGUGGACGGAUUCAACGUGCCGAUGGUAUUUAGACCCAAUUCUAAUGGGUGCACCCGUGGUAUCUCAUGUACUGCGGAUAUCAAUGGCCAGUGUCAUGCUGAGUUACGGGCUCUCGGUGAGUGCAAUAACCCUUGCACCGUGUACAAAACUGAUCAGUAUUGUUGUAACUUUGGAAAUUGUGGACCAACUGAUUUAUCAAGGUUUUUCAAGACCAGAUGUCCUGAUGCUUAUAGUUAUCCUAAGGAUGAUCAAACUAGCACAUUUACGUGCCCCGGUGGAACCAACUAUGACGUUAUAUUAUGCCCUUGAUCGAAGCCACGAGAUAUCGAAUCUAAUAAUAAAAGUUGUGUUUGAUGUAUAAGAGCAUAAAUAAAUGCACUACAGUGAAGUGGAUAAGUAACUAAGGGACUUCUUCCUUGAUUAUAUAUUGUAAUACAAUGUCUUUUGUCCA